AUGGGAUUCCUGAUGAAGGCAGGUGUGCAGCUGGCAGGGCCCUGGCCGUGCCUGCACGUGGCAAGGAGGACAGUAGGCACCAGAGCAGUGCCGGCCCCCAAGGCUGUGCUGCCCUUUGAAGCCAUCCCUCGGUGCCCGGGCAACAAGUGGCUGAGGGUGCUUCGGAUCUGGAAGGAGCAAGGCCAGGAGAGCCUGCACCUGGACAUGCACCGCACCUUCCAGGAGCUGGGGCCCAUUUUCAGGUAUGAUGUGGGAAGAACACAAAUAGUAUCAGUGAUGCUGCCAGAGGACGCUGAGAAAAUGUACCAGAUGGAUGGCCUGUAUCCCCGCCGAAUGUACCUGGAGCCCUGGCUGGUCUACAGAGAGCAUCGUGAGCAGAAACGAGGCGUGUUCUUACUGAACGGGCCCGAAUGGCGCCUCAACAGACUGCAGCUGAACCCGAAUGUGAUCUCACCAAAGGCCGUACAGAAAUACCCCCUGCUGGACACGGUGGCAAGGGACUUCACUGAGUACCUAAAGAAGAAGGUGCUGCAGAACGCCCGAGGGAGUCUGACCCUGGAUGUCCAGCCCAGUAUCUUCCACUACACCAUAGAAGCCAGCAACUUUGUUCUUUUUGGGGAGCGUCUGGGCCUCUUUGGCUAUAACUUGAGCUCUGGGAGUCUGAAGUUCAUCCAUGCCGUGCAGGCCAUGUUGAAGUCCACUGGGCAGCUCUUGUUCUUGCCGAGGAGCUUGUCCCGCUGGACCAGCACCCAGCUGUGGAAGGAGCACUUUGAGGCCUGGGACUACAUCUACGAGUAUGCCAACAAAUGCAUCCAGAAAGUGUAUCAGGAGAUGACCCUGGGCUGCCACCAGCAGUACAGUGGCAUGCUCACAGAAAUGCUGUUGAAUGGGGACUUGCCACUUGAUGCCAUCAAGGCCAACUUUCUGGAACUUACUGCUGGGAGUGUGGACACGACAGCUGUUCCCUUGUUGAUGACACUCUUUGAGCUGGCUAGGAACCCUGACGUGCAAAAGGCCCUACGCCAGGAGAGCCUGGCAGCCGAGGCCAGCAUCUCUGGAAAUCCCCAGAGGGCCACUACGGAGCUGCCCCUGCUGCGGGCUGCCAUCAAAGAGACCUUGCGGCUGUACCCCGUUGGUGUCUUCCUGGAGAGAAUGCAGCAGUCAGACUUGGUGCUUCAGAACUACCAUAUCCCGGCUGGGACAUUGGUGCUGUUUCAUCUGUAUGCGAUGGGCCGAAACCCCGCCGUGUUCCCGAGGCCAGAGCGCUACAGUCCCCAGCGCUGGCUGGACAGGAGGCUGAGUUUCCACCACCUGGCCUUUGGUUUUGGGGUGCGCCAGUGCCUGGGACGGCGGUUGGCAGAGACGCAGAUUCUCCUACUGCUGCACCAUGUGCUGAAAUCCUUCAGGGUGGAGACAUUAAGCCAAAAGGAUAUAAAUUUGGUCUACCACUUCGUUUUGAAACCGACCUCUGUCCCCAAUCUCACUUUUCGGCCUAUCACCUAG